AUGUGUUUGCAAAUGCUAAAAGACUGUGUAUCUUGCUCUAUCCCAGUGCCUGAUGACCUCUCAAUUGAAGAAAGAGAAGAGCUUUUAAAUAUUCGUCGCAGGAAAAAAGAACUUAUUGAUGAUAUUGAGAGAUUAAAAUUUGAAAUUGCUGAGGUUAUGACAGAAAUUGAUAAUCUGACUAGUGUAGAAGAAAGCAAAACUACACAGAGAAAUAAGCAAAUAGCCAUGGGAAGGAAGAAAUUCAACAUGGACCCUAAAAAGGGAAUACAGUUUCUGAUAGAAAAUGACCUCCUGCAGAACACUGCAGAAGACAUUGCACAGUUCCUUUAUAAAGGAGAAGGAUUAAAUAAAACGGUAAUUGGAGAUUACCUCGGUGAAAGAGAUGAAUUUAAUAUUAAAGUUCUUCAGGCUUUUGUUGAACUCCAUGAGUUCGCUGAUCUCAAUCUUGUACAAGCCUUAAGGCAGUUUUUGUGGAGCUUCAGACUCCCAGGAGAGGCUCAAAAAAUUGAUCGUAUGAUGGAAGCUUUUGCUUCGCGGUAUUGCCUUUGUAACCCCGGAGUCUUCCAGUCUACAGAUACAUGCUACGUGCUUUCAUUUGCCAUCAUUAUGUUAAAUACCAGUCUGCACAACCACAAUGUAAGAGAUAAACCAACAGUAGAGAGGUUUAUUUCUAUGAAUCGUGGCAUUAAUGAAGGUGGAGACCUUCCAGAAGAAUUACUACGGAAUUUGUAUGAAAGUAUUAAGAAUGAGCCGUUUAAAAUUCCAGAGGAUGAUGGGAAUGAUCUAACGCAUACAUUUUUUAAUCCAGAUAGAGAAGGUUGGCUGCUGAAAUUAGGGGGAAGAGUGAAAACAUGGAAACGGAGAUGGUUUAUUCUGACUGAUAAUUGCCUGUACUACUUUGAAUACACAACAGACAAAGAACCUAGAGGAAUUAUUCCAUUAGAAAAUCUUAGCAUAAGAGAAGUUGAAGACCCUAGAAAACCAAACUGCUUUGAACUCUAUAACCCCAGUCACAAAGGUCAGGUAAUUAAAGCAUGUAAAACUGAAGCUGAUGGCAGAGUGGUGGAAGGGAACCAUGUGGUGUAUAGAAUAUCUGCUCCCACCCCAGAGGAAAAGGAAGAGUGGAUUAAAUCUAUCAAAGCAAGCAUCAGCAGGGAUCCCUUCUAUGAUAUGCUGGCAACAAGGAAACGAAGAAUUGCAAAUAAGAAAUAA